AUGAAGUGGAUCAUAGAGCACAGCGCUGGACCUCUCAGAACUCUAGUGAAGUCUCCCACACAAGCUCUAAAGUCUCUGCUGUGUUACCUCUGGGAUGUCUACUCUACGCCGGCUCCUGCAGGCAGAGAUAUUCUCACCCUGCUGUCUCUGUGUUUCACAUUCACCGUCGUUACUGGGGGCCUGCUGCACCACUGGCUGUCACAAACGUUGAAUUACGAGCAGAGCGUGUCGGUUCAGGCCACCUGCUUCUACAGCGUGAGCAUGUUCCUGGUUUCCUUCCUGUGCCACCCGCUGCGCUGCGUGCUGACCAUGAUCCUGCCCACCGUCUGCACCAAGGAGGGACGCAGACUCCUCAUCUCAGCCUCCAUCAUGAUCUUAGUGCUGAAUGUCAUCCCCAAUAUCACCGUCAAUGUCGGGGCGGUGGCGCGCAUCCUGAGGUGCACGGCUGAGGGUUUUACUAAGACGCUGUUGAACUCGUCAGAACCCUUCAACAAAGCUAAGCAAGACCUGAUUGAAGAAGCCAUCAAAGUGAAGAGAGAGGACUUGAACAUUGUGAACAACUUAAGGACUUUAGAUCAAUUUACACAUGUGAAUGUGUCAGAGGUCAAAAGCAGGUUUACUAAGAUGAUUGGUGAAAUCGAGGUCAAUUUCUCACAUGCCAGGAACAUUCUGAAAAACUGCAAAUUGCUGUCAAACCGGAUCCUUGCUGCGGUAUUCGUUGCAUUACUAAUUAUUGAAUCUGGACGGUACUUGAAAUCCUACCUGACAUCAGUUUGGUUUGAUAAUAGCUUAAUCUCUAAAGCACUCAAGUCGAAAACAUCACAUGCUGGUGAUAAAAAGAUGACUAAGGAUAAAAUCUGUGUCAGAAGCUGCAAAAUAACUAGUCAGGAAUGCACUUCUUGUUUCAUAUCUCUGGUUGUGGUAACUUUGUACUUCAGUGCAAUAACUGUCAUGGUUGUUUUGGAUCAUGUUGUGUAUCAUUUAGUUCAGAUGAUUGUGCCGUGGGUGCAGGACUUUCCUCCUACAACUGCCAGUAUAAGCGUCAGUUAUAAAGUUCAGUGGUUCCCCCCAGUGUUUUGCAUCAUCCCACAAUCCUGCUCAUCCCACGAGCUGACAAACUUCCAGAGGGACUACAAGUGGAAGUUCGACCCCGAGCCGUCACUCUGUGAUCUGACGACUUCAGCUCCGAACCCGGGGGUUAGAAUCCUGCUGGGAUGCCUCUGCCUGAUGAGCUACUGUCUAGUGUUCCUGGAGGUUUACGCCAGACGGCUUUGCAGGAAGAUCUGUGCAUCCUUUUACAGAGAGCAGGAAGAAAGCAGAAUGGCGCACUUGGUGAGGAAAGUGCAGGAGAAGCAGGAUAAACAAAACGGAACAGAGAAGUGAUAUUGUUGAUAUCACAGCUUUGAUAGACUGCUGUGAUGCAGGUCAACAUUCAUGUCGCCACUGAAUGUUCAAGCUGUAAUAAAUCUUUGUCUAGUGCCAUUAUUUGGUUAGACCACAAUAAAAAGUAAUUUUAAAUCAUAUUUUAAGCUUUUAAGCUAAUUCUAGGACAGUGCAUUAGAUUGGGACAUUUAUGUUAAAUCUGAGAUAUUUAUGUUAACGUGUGUGUGUAACACUCACGAACAAAUGUAAGCAUGUUUUCUU